CUUCUCCUCUAUUCAUCUCUUCCUCACCACUUUUCUUCAAACCCUCCAUCUCUCUUUCUCUCUCUCUGGUUCCCUAGAGUUUGAGCAAAAUAUCACAACCAUAAUUGCUAUUAUUACUAAAAACACACAAGUAAUCGUUGCUUCGAUCCUUUGUUGCAUGGAUGGAUCCUCCACAGGAAAUCUCAAACGAGACUUUGGAAACCAUAUUGGUAAGCUCAACAAAAGGAAGCAAUAAUAACAAUAAGAAAAUGGAAGACGAAAUGAAGAAGAAAGUAUCAAGAGGAGAAUUAGGAGGUGAAGCUCAAAAUUGUCCAAGAUGUGAAUCUCCAAACACAAAGUUUUGUUACUACAACAACUAUAGUCUCUCUCAACCUCGUUACUUCUGCAAAUCUUGUCGGAGAUAUUGGACUAAAGGCGGUACUCUCCGUAACGUUCCCGUUGGUGGUGGUUGCCGUCGAAACAAACGAUCCUCUUCCUCAGCUUUCUCCAAGAACAACAAUAAGUCUAUUAGUUUCCAUAAUGAUCCACUUCAGAACUCUUUAAUUACGGGAAUGCCACCAUCAUCUUUUGGUUAUGACUCCAUUGAUCUCAACCUCGCUUUUGCUACUCUUCAAAAGCAUCAUUCAUCCUCUCAGGCUACUACGCCUUCUUUUGGGUUUGGAGGUGAUCUUUCUAUUUAUGGAAACUCAGCCAAUGACGUAGGGAUCUUUGGAGGACAAAACGGUGAUUUCAAUAAUAGCUUGUGUUAUGGGUUUAUGUCCGGAAAUGGUAACAAUCAUCAAAAUGAUAUCAAGAUGGCUUCUACAUUGGGGAUGUCUUUGGAAGGAAACGAGAGAAAGCAAGAGAAUGUGAACAAUAACAACAAUAUCUCAGAGAAUCCUAGCAAGGUCUUAUGGGGAUUUCCAUGGCAGAUGAACGGAGAUUCUGCCGGAGUUGUACCGGAGAUUGAUCCCGGAAGGGAAAGCUGGAAUGGGAUGGCUUCAUCUUGGAAUAAUGGUUUACUCAACACUCCUUUGGUCUAGAAGAUCAUUAAUAAAUAAAUAUAUAAUAUUACUAUAUAUUAAAGUUUAUGUCAUCACAUGUUUGUAUACCACUUUCACUAAUAUGGGGGAUGUUUGGUUUUUUUUUUUUUUUUAAAAUAAUUUCUAGGGUUUCUAUCCUUUUUUAGUUUCCCAAUUUUUAAUGUUGAGACAAGGACCUAAGACUUCUUUUCUUUUAAAAACAAAAAUAUUUUCUUUUUUGGUAUUUUAAUUUGUGAUUUAAUGGUGGCUGGGGUGGUUAAUUAUAUGUUUUUUUUAUGUAACGGAUCUUUUUUUUUUCUCA